AUGCCAUCAACAACACAAACAGACGUCCUAAUCUGCGGCAGCGGCUCCGCCGGCCUCAGCGCCGCAACCUGGCUCGCACGCUACGGGAUUUCCUGCAAGAUCCUCGAGCGUCGCCCAGGCCCCAUGACAAUGGGCCAAGCAGAUGGGGUACAGUGCCGGACAGUUGAGAUCUUCGAGAGUUUCGGACUGGGCGAGGAGUUGCUGCGCGAAGCGUACCAUGUGCUAGAGGUAGCGUUCUGGGCGGACGACGGGACGGGUUCAGGGCGGGUUGUGAGGUCUGGGAGGGCGGCGGAUGUGCAGCCGGGACUGUCACACUGUCCUCAUGUUAUCCUGAACCAGGCGCGCAUUAAUGGGCUGUUUAUUGAAGCGAUGAGGAGGUUUAAUGGGCAGGAGAUUGAGUAUGGAUGGGAUGUGAAGGGGGUUCAGGUUUUGGGGGAUGGGGAGUAUCCUGUGAAGGUCACUGCGGAGAAGGAUGGAAGAGAACAGGAUUUUGAAGCGAAGUAUGUUUUGGCUUGUGAUGGAGCGCAUAGCACAGUUCGCAAAACGCUGGGGUUUAGCAUGAUUGGAGAUAGCUCAGAUGCUGUCUGGGGUGUCAUGGAUAUGAUUCCACGCACGAACUUUCCUGAUAUUCGCAAGAAGGUCUCAAUCCGUUCAAAAGCGGGCAACUUGCUGAUUAUUCCCCGCGAAGGAGAGAACCGUAACCUCACGCGGUUUUAUAUUGAGCUUCCUGCGGGUACUAAGGCGAAGGAUGUCAAGCUUGAAGACUUGCAGCAAGCGUCUAGAAGUAUUCUAAGCCAGUACGAAGUGGAUUUCACGGAGACCGUAUGGUGGUCUGCAUAUGCUAUCGGCCAGCGACAUGCAGACUUCUUCCACAAGGAUUACCGCGUCUUCCUGGGAGGCGAUGCUUGUCACACUCACUCGCCAAAGGCUGGCCAGGGUAUGAACGUUAGCUUGCAGGAUGGAUACAACGUGGGCUGGAAGUUGGCACAUGUCCUGAAGGGGCUGGCUCCCCCGUCGCUCUUGGAAACAUAUGUUCUGGAGCGUCAAAAGGUGGCCAUCGACUUGAUUAACUUUGAUCGAUAUUUCUCGAAGUUAUUUUCGACAAAAGGAAAUGCUUCUCCAGAAGAGUUUCAGAAGGGCUUUGUCAAGUCUGGAAAGUAUACGGCUGGGCUGACGGCGAAGUAUGACGAAUCUCCAAUCACCUCUGAUCUGGGAUUAUCAGACUUGGCCAAAAACAUUAUUGUCGGGAUGAGACUUCCUAGCUCCCAAGUUGUUCGACACUGUGAUUCAAAACCAGUCCAGCUUGCGACUUCGUUCAACUCGGAUGGUCGUUGGAGAGUGAUGGUGUUUGCAGGGGAUCUGAGCAUUCCCCAGAACAAGACCCGACUGGACGCGGCUGGAGCUUAUCUUGGCUCAGAUGAGAGUCCGCUACAGAGGUUCCGGUUGGAUGGCGGCGAUUCUGAUAGCCUCAUCGAGCCAAUCCUCGUAGGACAUGGACCCCGACACAAUGUCGAACUCGAGCAGAUUCCCUCAGCGUUCUACCCCGUUACUGGGAAGAACCAGAUCAAAGACCUGCACAAAAUAUUCUUUGACGACGAGGCCUACAACAAAACGCACGGCCACCUCUAUGAACACCUUGGGAUUAACCCGCAGAAUGGUGUCAUUGUUAUUGUGCGGCCCGAUCAAUAUGUUUCUUCGGUCAUUGCCAUUGAUGACUAUAGGAGAAUCGGACAGUUCUUUGGGGGAUUCCUCAUGAAUCGAGAGGCAAACUCUAGCGGCAGCAAGCUGUGA